AUGCUCGCAACAAACACGUCUGCUGCAAACAACACGUCUGCUGCAACAAAAGACUGUUUGCAAAAACACAAUCUGCGGGCCAACAAACACCUGUCUGCUGCAACAACACGUCUGCAGCAAACAACACGCCUGCAUCCAACAAACACGCAUGCUGCCACGACACAGAUCUGCUGCAACAACCCGGCCUGCUGCAACAUCACGUCUGCUGCAACAACAGUCUGCUGCAACAAACGUUUGCAACAAAACAUCUGCUGCAAAACACGUCUGCAGCAACAACACGCCUGCUCCAACAACACGCAUGCUCGCCACAACACACUGUCUGCUUUGCAAACAACACGCCUGCUGAAACACACGCCUGCUCCCAACGACACGCCUGCUGCAACAAACCAGUCUGCAGCAACAACACGUCUGCUUGCAACACUACACGAUCUGCUGCACACCACACGUUGCUGCAACAACAGUCUGCAAGCAACAACACGCCUGCUGCACAGCACGCCUGCCGCAAACAACACGUCUGCAGCGACAACAAGUCUGCUGCGACAUACACGUUUGCUGCCGACAACAUGCCUGCUGCAACAACUACACGCUGCUGCAACAACACGCUGCACACACACACACGCCUCGCGGCAACAAUUGACGUCUUGCAAACAACAACAGCCUGCUGCGAAACACGGCCUCUUGCCGCACACAACCCCGUCUGAUGCAACACACGACUGCUGCGACAACACGUCUGCUGGGGAAAACACGUCGCUGCAACAAACACGUCCGCUGCAACAACACGCCUGCUGCCGGACAACAUUCUGCUGCGACACUACGUCUGCGUUGCAACUACACGUCUGCUGCAACACAAGUUUGCUGCGAAACAAACAGCUCUGCUGCAAAACACACGUCUGUAACAACAGUCAGCAGCAACAAACCCGUCUGCUUGCAACUAAGCCUGCUGUCUCAACACGUCUGCCGCAACAAAACGUCUGCUGCAAAACACGUCUGCUGCACACAUCACGUCUGCCAAGUACAACACGCUGCUGCAACAGCACGCCUGCAGGAAACACGUCUGCUGCGACAAACACGUCUGCCGCGACCACACGUUGCUGCCGGACAAACACGAUCUGCAGCAACCAAACCCGUCUGCUGCGACAACACGUCUUGGCUUGCCGACAACACAUCUGCUGCGGUCAACCGUCCGCUGCAAACAAACACGUCCGCUGCCACAACACGCCUGCCAGCGACAACACAGUUGCUGCUACAAUACGUCUGCUUGCCAACAACACGUCUGCUGCUACAAAUGUUUGCUGA